AUGACAGUUAGAACUCCUGGUACUCCAGCUUCAAAGAUAGAAAGGACAACUCCAGCAACCACGCCUAGUAAACAAGCUAGAGAGGAGAAAAUCGUCGUAACAGUACGAUUAAGGCCUUUGAACAAAAGAGAGCUUUCAGCCAAAGACCAUGCUGCAUGGGAAUGCAUUGAUGAUCACACAAUUAUUUCUAAAUCACUGCCCCAGGAACGUGCUGCUCAACCAGCUUCAUUCACAUUUGAUAAAGUCUUCGGUCCAGAUAGUAUAACUGAAGCCGUGUAUGAGGAAGGAGUAAAGAAUGUAGCUUUGUCCUCAUUGAUGGGAAUAAAUGCAACCAUAUUUGCGUAUGGACAAACCAGCAGUGGGAAGACUUACACUAUGAGAGGAAUUACUGAGAAAGCUGUCAACGACAUAUAUUCACAUAUAAUGAGUACCCCAGAAAGAGAAUUUAGAAUAAGAAUAUCUGGACUGGAGAUCUAUAAUGAAAAUGUCAGGGACCUGUUGAAUUCUGAAUCUGGUCGCAGUCUCAAGCUUCUUGAUGAUCCAGAGAAAGGAACUGUUGUCGAGAAAUUGGUGGAAGAAACAGCAAGCAAUGACCAACAUCUGCGACAUUUAAUUAGUAUCUGUGAGGCUCAGAGGCAAGUCGGCGAAACCGCCUUAAAUGAUACGAGCUCACGGUCUCACCAGAUAAUAAGACUGACAAUUGAAAGCAUUCUUCGUGAAAGUUCUGAUUGCGUGAGGUCUUAUGUAGCAAGCUUGAAUUUUGUUGAUUUGGCUGGGAGCGAAAGAGCCUCACAGACAAAUGCAGAUGGCGCAAGGCUUAGGGAAGGUUGCCAUAUCAAUCUUAGUUUGAUGACUCUUACAACCGUAAUUAGAAAGCUCAGUGUGGGCAAAAGAAGUGGUCAUAUACCCUACCGGGACUCAAAGCUGACAAGAAUAUUGCAACAUUCACUAGGUGGAAAUGCCCGUACUGCGAUAAUAUGCACUCUCAGCCCUGCAUCUAGUCACAUUGAACAAUCUCGCAACACUCUCUUCUUCGCCACCCGAGCGAAGGAAGUCACAAACAACGCCCAAGUUAACAUGGUUGUUUCCGACAAACAGCUUGUCAAGCAUUUGCAGAAGGAAGUAGCCAGAUUGGAAGCAGAACUGCGCACCCCAGAGCCAGCUAAUGAGAAAGAUUUAAAAAUUCAACAGAUGGAAAUGGAAAUCGAGGAGCUGAAGCGUCAAAGGGAUCUUGCACAGUCACAAGUUGACGAGUUACGCAGAAAGCUUCAGGAGGAACAGGGAUUGAAGCCAUCUGAAUCUUUUAGUCCGGUUGUGAAGAAAUGUCUCUCAUUCUCCGGCACAUUAUCUCCGAACCUUGAAGAAAAAGCACCUGUCCGUGGUGAAAGAACAAGAAACACGAUGGGAAGGCAGUCAAUGAUGAGGCAAUCUUUGGCUGCCCCCUUUACACUCAUGCAUGAAAUUCGAAAACUCGAACAUCUCCAGGAGCAGCUUGGAGAUGAAGCAAAUCGAGCAUUGGAAGUACUGCAAAAGGAAGUUGCAUGCCAUAGGCUAGGUAACCAGGAUGCUGCAGAAACUAUUGCUAAGUUGCAAGCAGAGAUCAGAGAAAUGCGUUCUGUAAAGCCAGUCCCCAAAGAAGUUGGAGUUGGAAAUGUUGUUGCUGUCAAUAAGAGUGUCAGUGCCAACCUGAAGGAAGAGAUAGCCAGACUUCACUCACAAGGAAGCACAAUUGCUGACCUUGAAGAACAGCUAGAAAAUGUUCAGAAAUCAUUAGACAAACUGGUUAUGUGUCUUCCAAGCAAUAAUGAACAACAGUCAAACAAUGACACCACACAAAAGUCAAAGCAUCCAUCGAAAAAGAAGAAGUUGCUCCCAUUGGCCUCGAGCAACAGUAUCAACAGGCAAAAUUUCUUGAAAUCUCCUUGUUCUCCUCUGUCAACUGCACGACAAGUACUGGAUUGUGAGGUUGAAAAUAGAGCUCCAGAUUCGGAGGAUAUGUCCUGUGUAAUUCAAGCGAUGCAAGAAAAUGAGACUCCUACAAAAAGUGAUGGAGGAGAUGUUUCAUCAAAGGAAGGCACUCCAUAUCGCCGUUCCAGUUCAGUGAACAUGAAAAAGAUGCAAAAGAUGUUUCAAGAGGCAGCAGAAGAGAACGUCAGAAACAUAAGAUCGUAUGUGACAGAACUCAAAGAACGGGUGGCCAAACUUCAAUACCAAAAGCAGCUCCUUGUAUGCCAGGUGCUUGAACUGGAAGCAAAUGAAGCGGCUGGAUACAAUUUAGAGGAUGAUGAAAACAUUCAGGAGAUGCCAGAAGAGUCCCCGGUUUCAUGGCAAAUCACAUUUAAGGAACAGAGGCAGCAAAUUAUUGACUUAUGGGAUGUUUGCUACGUCUCAAUUAUUCAUAGGUCACAGUUCUAUCUGUUAUUCAAGGGAGACCCUGCAGAUGAAAUAUAUCUGGAAGUUGAGCUCAGACGGUUGACAUGGUUACAACAGCACCUAGCAGAGCUUGGAAAUGCAACCCCGGCUCGUGUUGGAAAUGAGCCAACAGUCUCUUUGUCAUCAAGCAUUAGAGCUUUGAAGAGGGAGAGGGAAUUCCUUGCCAAGAGAUUGACAACCCGUCUGACAGCUGAAGAAAGAGAUUAUCUGUACAUAAAGUGGGAAGUUCCUUUGGAGGGAAAACAGAGGAAACUGCAAUUUAUUAACAAGCUUUGGACAAAUCCGAAUGACGAAAAGCAUGUAAAAGAGAGUGCUGAGAUAGUGGCAAAGCUCGUAGGUUUCUGUGAAGGAGGUAACAUGUCAAGAGAGAUGUUUGAGCUAAAUUUUGUCCUUCCAUCAGAUAGGCGGACAUGGUUCGCUGGCUGGAACCAAAUCUCCGACCUUCUCCAUAUCUGAGAAGCUUAGAGUCUUUUUGUAAGUAAAUUUGUAUUGCGAGUUGUUUUUCAUGUAUAUGAAACUCUGGAGCCUCCCAAUUUUGGAGCCUCCGAAGUUGUUCCAGUACAACUGAUUAAAUUUAGAGCAGCAUGGAAGAUUGGAAUUUGAGGCAUCACAUCAUGCAGCUUCAUUUUCUGAAUAAGAUUUCGAUUGAAAUUGUGAUAUCUGUAUUAAAUCUGUACUUUGAACACCUAUACAAAUUUGCUAUGCCUACUCGCAAAUCCUCCUA